AUGUUGGCAGGCCUGGGCUCCCUGGUGGCUGCCUUCUGGGCAACUCUCCAUCUGCGGACUCUCCUGCUGGGGGCUGUCAUCUUUCUUUUCCUUGCUGACUUCCUCAAGAGCCGGCGACCAAAACACUACCCACCAGGGCCCAGGCGCCUGCCCUUUGUGGGCCACUUACUUCACUUAGACUUGAAGAAAGUGGAAUUGCAACUUCAGCAGUAUGUGAAAAAAUAUGGGAACCUUUUAAGCCUGGAUUUGGGUCUUAUACCUUCCGUGGUUAUAACAGGACUGCCCUUAAUCAAAGAAGUAUGUGGUCACAUGGAACAAAACUUUGUGAACCGUCCUAUCUCCGCUCACAGAGAACGUACCUUUCAUAAAUACGGAUUGAUCAUGUCCAAUGGCCAGAUAUGGAAGGAACAAAGAAGAUUCACCUUGGCAACACUAAGGAACUUUGGUUUAGGAAAGAAAAGCUUGGAGCAACGCAUUCAGGAGGAAGCCCAGCACCUUGGUGAAGCCAUAGAAAAUGAGAAAGGACAGCCUUUUGACCCACACUUCAUGGUCAACAAUGCAGUUUCCAACAUAAUUUGUUCCAUCACUUUUGGGGAGCGAUAUGACUAUCAGGAUGAUCAGUUUCAGGAGCUGCUGAAGACAUUGGAUGAGAUCAUGUGUUUGGAGGCAUCACUGCACUGCCAGCUCUAUGAUAUCUUCCCAUGGAUAAUGAAAUUCCUUCCUGGACAACACCAGACUCUCUUCGCCAACUGGGAAAAACUGAAAUUGUUUGUUUCUCGUGUGAUUGAAAAACACAAAGAAGACUGGAAUCCUGCUGAACCGAGAGACCUCAUUGAUGCUUACCUCAAUGAAAUGGCAAAACACACAGACAAGAACACCUCAAGCUUCCAUGAAGAAAACCUCAUCUGUUGCACACUGGAUCUUUUUACUGCUGGAACUGAGACAACAUCCAUGAUACUGCGCUGGGGUCUUCUGUUUGUCAGCUUCUACCAAGAAGCCCAAGAAAAAAUACAAGCUGAGAUUGAUGAAGUGGUUGGCCCAUGGAAGCAGCCUACCUUGAAAGACAGAGAGUCCAUGCCCUACACCAAUGCUGUCAUCCAUGAGGUGCUAAGAAUGGGCAAUAUCUUCCCCUUGGGCGCUCCCAGGGAAGUCACAGUGGAUACUACUUUGACUGGAUACCAACUGCCAAGGGGCACUGUGAUAUUCCCUAAUAUGAUUGCACUACACAGGGACCCCAAGGAGUGGGCCACCCCAGACACCUUCACUCCAGAGCAUUUUCUGGAGAAUGGACAGUUUAAGAAGAGGGAAGCCUUUCUGCCUUUUGGAAUGGGAAAACGAGCUUGCCUUGGAGAACAAUUGGCAAGAUCUGAACUGUUUAUUUUCUUUACUUCUCUUCUGCAAAAGUUUACAUUCAAACCCCCUCAGAAUGAGAAGCUGAGCCUGAAAGCUAGAAUGAGCAUCCCCCAUUCUCCUCCCAGCUACCUCAUUUGCGCAGUCCUGAGGGCAUGA